AUCAUCAUUCCCGUCAAAAACAUUCAACCUGUCACAGAUUUUCAAAUAAUAAUCGAUUUCUAGCUCUCGUCGUGCGAAGUAGAAUUAUCUGCGUUUCAGUUUUCGGGGAAAAUGAUCGGAGAAUUUUGAAUGUGCAGGGAAAAUGAUCUUGCAAAUGCUGAAUAUGAAUUGUGUCUUCUGAAUUAAUGGUUUUACAUUUAUAGAUGGACACAUCACUUCGAGGUCGCUACAUCUCUAUGGAAAAAUAGCGCUUGAAUACUAUUAAGACGAUUUUCACAUGUUCCUGCGAUCUACGUCUUUUUUUAAACAAGUUUUUAUCCUUAGAUGGACAGCCGGUCACAUUUUCUUUCUUCAUCUGAAGAUCAUGGCGAGGAAGUAUUCGAUGAAGGCACAAACGAAAACUUAGUGUGUUUGUCGACAAGGGAAAGUACACUACAACGGGAGGACAGCGGGCUGUUCUCACCGGAUGCAUUCAGGAAUGCAUCGAAUCGAAUCUCAACGGAUUCCACCUCGACGUACGAAAUAGUCGACAACCAAUCACCCGAAUCCAAUGAAGAGUUGUGGAGUAAUGUAGUGAAAAUAACAAGAGCUACCAGUGCGACCGUUGCUGCGAUGAUUAGUGGUUCCGGCGCAGAUGAAGAUCGUGACGAAAACGACGUGGAAUAUGAGAUACAAGAAACUUCUUUUGGGGAGGAUUCGCAAUUGCAACGGAGAAAGUUUGAAUUGGCGCGGUCAUCGACUAAAGAGGAAAAGCAACGACACAAUGAGGGUAUUUUAAUUAUGAAAUCAAACUCAAUUUCAUCUGAGAACAGUUCAUGGGAAACAUUUUCACCAUCAAAGCCAGUAGCGGACAGCGUCGAAGAUGUCCCAAUUCCUGUGGAUCUUUCUUCUUUAGUUCAAAAUAAACCGGGAACAUCUAAGGCUUGCUUUAUAGAUGCUUCUUCAUUGUUUGAUGACGAUGAGGUACCGUAUCCAUCUUUCUUGGAUUCUAGUGUACAGAGGCAACAGGACAAAGCCGGUGUGUCAUUGUCAGCUAUCCUGAGUGAUGACGAAAAGUUAAAAACUUCAAACAAUCAGUUGACGACAAUUGAAGUUAAGGACCAGUUCGCAUCUUUACCAAACAAUGACUUCUUAACUGAGAAAUUAAAUAUUAAGGAUCGAGAAAAUGUAAGAAAUACCGACUGUGGGGAGGAGGUUAUCGCGAGACAAGAUUCUGAAAGGAAGCAGGGUAGUUUUCUCUUUCAGAACUCGAUUCAACAAUAUUCUGGUCACUUGAUUGAACCCAACUUACAGUUUCCAGAUGAAAACUAUAGCGAUAUGUCACUUCCCAGUGUGUACUCCUCUGGCAGCGAACCGAAUUAUGAAUAUACUUCACUGGCAUCGGAAACUAAUCCUACUCGGUUCAUAACGACUACCGGGGGCAUUAACACAAGUGGAUAUAAUUCUGGUUCAGCAGAUUACUCCUCCAGAAUUCCUCCUGCUUUAGAAACGGAGAGCUUGCACUAUCCGGAUACACCUUUCAAUUCGAUAGUGCACGUGAACUCAGCAGUUAGUAUACACCCUAUGGCCCUCCAUCUUUCAGAUGGCAGUAGAGGAAGUUCUGUAGAUCGAGAGUCUCAUUCAACUCCAAUAAAAAUCCCCAAACGUAUUCGAAAACACGACGAAUCUGCUCCAAUACUUUCCGGUGGUGCCUCGAUCGAGGAUUUUACUCCAAAACAAUGUGAAAGUCCUCAAAUUCGUAGAAGAACUGAUACAUGUCCGAUAGUUUCCGGAGGUAUUAGUUUUGAAGAAGAAUUUAAAUCGGAGGAACGAAUUCGAAAACUGAGCAGUUCAGGAAAAUCGUGGGUUGUGGAUCUUAAAAAUUGUCCGGAUGACGAAAAGACUGCAGCCAUGACUUCCAUCGAACACAACCGUAGCGGUAUGGGUUUCUAUGUGGAUUUUGGAAGUAUCAAAACACCAGAAGAUGAAAAGUCUAUGAUCAAUGCUAGACCGCAAAAUCGUGCUCAUCAUGACCUGAUGAAGAAGUCCACUGGCUUCUAUAUUGACCUAUCUGACGGCGACAGUUCACGAAGCAACACUCCGAAAUUAACAAAGACAAGCACACCUCCGGUAAACACAAAUUCCAGCAAUAGUUCAAGAGCCGAAUCGGUCGAAAAAGAUGCCAAGAAAAAUAUUUUUUCAAUGUUUAUUGAUAUCGGAAAUGACACUUCACCUAAACAAUCACCAAUUGCUCGUAAAAACAAUAUGACUUUGGUUCGAACAAACGAUGAAGAACCAACUGUAGUUUCAGCGAUCGCUCAUCCUGCGAGACCUUCAAACCUAUCUGCCGACGAAAAGAAAAACUGUUACAUGUUUAUUGAAUCAGAAUCAUCACCAGUUAUGCGACGAGUCAACAGUUCAUCAGUUCCGAAGUCAGAAUCAAAACGACACUCUUGGAACCCUACUAGCACGGAAGGCACCUUCCAUGAACGACGAAUCAUGAGUCGAGAGUACCAACGAUCAACCAGUGUCACAAGUGAUAAAGGUAUUAUGAAUAUUUUAGACAAAAUACCACUGCUUUCAAAAACUAGCAGCAUGUCAAUCGAUUCUUCCGUUUCGCCUUUUGAAGAUUUCACUUGUUCAAAAUCUGAACUGAGUACUUACUCCAAUCAGUCUGUUUCAUCCAAUUCGGCCCAAUCAAGCAACGAAUCCAAAGUAAGUCCGAAGGAUGCCACGUCCGGUGCUCCGGCAGAAAUGAUAACUUCAGCUAAGAAAAAGCGUAGAGAUGUUAAAAUCAAUGAGACUUUUGAUAAGAGUAGUCAAGGAUCAGUAACAGAUGGAAUUCUAUCAUCUAAUGAGGAUUCCUCUCCAGUAUCGACCACCGAUACAGAUGAUGUAACAUUCCAGAAUAAUCCAGCUGAUGAACCGACUGCCGAACCUUUGACCGAAGCAGCUCCUGUUCAAGUUGAAGAGAUCAAAAUAACUCCAACGACUGGUAAACAAAUGGAAACAAUUGUUGAAGCUAUUGAAAGUUCGCCAAAGCAUGUAUCCAAUGGAUCUCGAAAAGCACAACACACGAUGGAAACACUCCAUGCUACUAUUGAAAAGCAGAAACAAUUACUAGAAACAGUUUCCGAGAACGUAGAGUCGCAGAGCACCUCGUUUGUAAAGUUGUCUGACAUGGACAAACCAGUUGUACCAACCAAGUUCGAGCUUCAUUCGACAGGUGGAAAUGUCGCUGGAAAUAAUAGUAGUACAGGUUACAUGUCAACAUCGGCCGGUUCAAAUAGGGUCGCUCGUCUGUUUGGGGACAGUAAUCCCAAAUACAACACUAUAGGGACAUCCCAUCAGACUCCGCAAAAGGAUAAACAGCACCCGAACCAAGGAUAUUACUCUAACGGUACUGCUACUAUGGAACGGCAUUCAUGGACUAUGUCUCGAUCGACGGGGAAUAAUUUUAUGAACUUGGUGUCAUCUGUCGAAAAUUCAAGAAGUCUUAGUCGUUUGUUUCCACAUUUAUCAAAAGCUUUCAGCAAUAGCCUACCAUCAGAUGUGGGUAUGAACUCUAUCAACCGUGCAACAGAUCUUCACGAAUUCAUGACGUCAGAUUUUUCAUGUACCUCUAGUAUAACUUCCAGUCGGUCUGGAAUUGAAUCCAUUGAUGAAUCUAUAUCUAGUCGCCAACCACGUCGUUUAGGAGAAGAUUUACUGAAAAUGUUCUUGCAAGAGAUUGCCACCGACGUGACCAUCGAGGCAGAAUCAAAGAAGAUGCGAGCCCAUAAAUGUAUUCUGCGAUCUCGAUGUCAGUACUUCGCUGCUAUUCUGGCAGGGGGGUGGAUUCAGAAUGCUGGUAAUAUUAUCAGCUUGCCAGGAUAUUCGUACGCGGCAGUGCAUUUCGCUCUCUGUCAUAUCUACUCUGGUGCAUCUCAUCCACCUGAGGGUAUUAGUUUAAUGGAGCUAGCGGCUUUAUCUGAUUUACUUGGACUCGAAGGUUUGAAGGAAGUUACCGCUUAUGCAUUGAAGACCAAUUAUUGUCACAACUUUCAUAAACCCUGUUCUGGUUGUAUGGAUGGAGUGUUACAAGUUCUUCCGGUUACGUUGAAUCAUGGCUUGGAUGAAUUGUACCGUAAAUGUUUGAAGUGGGUGUGCAAACACUAUGUAAAAAUAUGGUCUAACAAGCAGUUUUCACAGCUGCCUGGGGAUGUAGUUAAUCGUUGCAAGCAACAAAUCGUGGCUCAUUUGUCAUCCGAAACAGUUCUGAACACCAUCCUUGAUAGUGAGCAGUUAUUGACGAUCCUUCAACCUUACAAGUGGUCAGUGGAAGUGGAAAACGUAGUUCGCGAUAUUUUAGAUGCUGCUUACGAUUACAUUCAAGAUCAUUUCGCAUCAUUGUUAGCCAGCGAUUGUUUCCUUUCGCUGGGUCAUAAUUACAGCUGGGCCAUAUCGCAUGUCGAACCAAUUCUGCUUCGGGCAGCCACUAGUCUUACUCCGGAUCAGGCGUGCAAGAGCUACCCUCGCGCAACAAGGUUGCACAAACUACUACAAGCAAAAGUCCUCACUAUGACCGCUACUCCACUGUCAUCUGGUGAUAAUUUGAACAUCUUGAAUGUUUAUGAAAAGAAAAGCAAGUUGGACAUUGAAUACAGUCGUGAGGAGGAAGAGAUGGAUUGGUGUAGUGAGUUUGUUGGAAUGGUGAACGCUAUCCUUUCGGCAGUAGAGCAGUGUUUGAUUAGACAAUGUGCUCGAGCAAUGCGAGUCAAUUCCUGGCAGCGGAUGGACAUCGAACUGAGAAACAAAAUACAAAAGUUGUCCUGUCUGAUGGAACCGAGUGAAGAACGAAAAUCUCGGUCAAGAUAUUCCUAUUCAUCACAGGCAUCGUCAUCGUCUUCAAUUCAUUCCAGAACAAAUGAUUUACGUCAGGUUCGAUUGGCUAUUCAAGCCCAUACAAAGAAAUCGUACGAACAUCAAAAUAAUCACAAUGUUAAUAAUAAAACAAACACUCAACAUACGCAAACGGUAGUUCAUCAUAACGACUUCAACAGUGUUUCAAAAUUAAAUAAACCUUACGAGGUCAUAGAACGAAGUAAUAUUCGGUCAGAUUUGAUUACUGACAAUGGAAAGUUAUCCAAAACGGCAUCCAAGAGUAAUGUAAAAAUUGGCUUACUUAGCAAAAAUAAUCUAUCAAGUCAUAAACGUUCGCAAUCCGAAGAUAUGGGUAUGAAGGUGGCGAAACCUGAACCAUUGAACAACUUAAAAUCCAAACUAAGUAAUGUAAAGCCUCGGUAUUUGGAGCCCAAGAAACCAAAAAACGCAACAAAUCUCCAUGUGCAAAAUGCUUCCUCUAGUGGCAGUUCAACAAGAACAUCUAGUCCCGCUACAGGUCGAAAAAAAGGACCCCUUGGAAACAUUACCAAACAAGGCCGUGAUUCAAAUAUCUCACUAGAUAGCCUCUCAUCUCCAGCAAAAACUAUCAAAAUGCGUCCAACCUUGAACGAUAUGGAAGUCUCUAUCGAUUCUUUAGCUGAAUCAUUAAAAUCCAGUUCGAUCAAAACCAACAGCAACACACUUUCACAUGAGUCACUCAUAUACCAAGAAUACUUUAAACCUAAAAAUACGAAUCUUGAAAAUCCUCAACAGAUAUACUCCAAUUCUAAUCCAAUCACAUUCAAAGACCGCGGAAGCGGACCAAAAUCAAUUGACUCUCUAGCAGUUAAUAAACAUCCAAUUGUGGUGAAAAAUAGCUCUAAAUGUAAGGAAGCGAGCAAUUUAAAACUAAACACUGGAACAAAAGCAAGUAUCAGUGGUAUCAAUCGUACCGCAUCAACCUCCAACAUUGGUACGAAUUCAUUAGUUAAAAAAAGUUUUCUUUCACAACGUUCACGGGAAAUUCUAGCCCGUCGCUCGCAUGAAACUAAGUCUAAUUCUACCAACUCGAGCAACAAAUCAGCUGCCUCCUCACCCAGUCUAUUGUCCAGAGAUAAAUCAACUGCGAGUGAUAUCACCAAAACUAGCUCGUCUGCUUCACACAUUACAAAUGGUUCUGGAGGAAGAAAAGUGUUCCAAACAACAUUGCACCUCCGUAAAACGGCCAAAGUUCAACAAGAACUACCACCUACUGCUAAACAUCCUAGUGAUGGAUCUAAAUCAGCUAAGCACAGUUCCAUUCCGAUUGCUGGCAAUCAACUGCGAAAGUCAUCUUCGGUCGUUCGACCAAACAUCAGCAGUAACAAUAGUGGACGAACUUCGAAAUCAUCCAAAAUAGUAAUGCCACCGCCAGUUUCAUUGGCUAGCUGCAAUGCGCCCCCAGAACACACUUCAACGUCAUCGUCUUCUGAUAACAUAACUAAACCGCGAAGAGUGGAAUCAAAAUUGGAGCGAUCCAACACAUUUUGCAUGGAGGUCUCCGAUAAUCCUGUUGUGCUACAGAUAAUUGAGUAAAAAGAAAUGAAAGCGGGAAAGGAAGGGGCCAGUUUUUUUGGUUCACGAUAAGAAUGUGGUUUAGUCGCUGCCUAAUCAUGAUAGAAUAUGGUUGUGGAAACUGAGUGGCGAAUCUAAACGUGUUAACAGGAUGGGAAAAUUUGAUGGAAGUUUGGAAUGAGGUACUUUUUUACCCAAUGAAUAGUGAUUUAUCGUUAAGUUAAUAUUUAUUGAACAAUAAGAAAAGAUUAUAGAUAAUACAGGAUCCAACAUAAAUUACAUAAAAAACAAGCAAGCACAGUUGAUACAUUCUUCGUCGUGGUACUUGUCUAGUCAUUAUUUAUCUCAGAUACAUUCGUUUGCUUUCUAAAAAUAAAAUGAUACAGAUACGGCCUGAUUGUUACUUAUGCAUUCUGUAUUCAACACUAUGAUGCUACAUACACAGUAUUGCAGUGAAAUAGUUUAUUCCCUAUAAACGCAAUGUAACAUUUGAACAUACCCAAAUAGAGGAACUUGACAAAAAAUAAUUAUUGCACUGAACAAUAAUCCUUUAAUUAUAUAAAAAUCCCCAUAGAUGAUAUCGAUGAAAUGCUUUUCAAUUAGAAAUUUAUACAAAGUAAAACGAAUUGUGGCAUUUUGUCUGGAUAAGUGUAUACUUAAUAAAUUCAGUUGAAAAUAUUUUUUUGCAUCUAAUAAAGCAAAUACGCGAGUUGAUGUUAUUUAGUCCAGCAAAUGACUUUUGGAUCUUUACACAUGUGUUGAACAUUUUAAAGGAUUAAAAGCUCAUUUAUGCGCCAGGAAAUAUAACACACUUAUAGAAACUCCCAAAGUGAAUAUAUGUUUGAUAAUUAUAUUGGAGCAAAAACACAAUCAAUAAUCAGCUGACUGUAUUAGGUUUUGAUAUUUUAAGAUACGUCAAAUUUUAGCAAACUAAUUAAUAUAGCUGCUCCUUUUUCUUUGAUAAUUUUUUAGGUUCCUUAUUAGGAAUAAAUAGAUUUUCUUCCGUACCUAUCAGUGUUUUGAAUAACCGUUUCAUUUUUGAACUCCGUAUGUAUUGCUGACAUCGAACGACAGUGAAUACCUUCGUCGUCUAAAUUUCGAUGCGUAUUUUGUGCUCCAUUACGAUUGUAAUCCUUCAUCACAAUAUUAUAAUAACAACUUCAAUUGCAAACCCAAGCUGAAAUACAAGAUUCUGGAAAACUUUUUCAUAGUUUAAAACAAAACGUCGUAUAUAAUUUCAUGCACAUUCGGUAACAAAGUAUCUUGAACAUACUCGAGAUUCCUUCUUACGAAAAAUUCUAGUACAUCGGGUUUUUUUCUUGUGUUUACUAUUAUCUUGUACCACUUUCCUCAGUGGAGUAUUUUUUAAUACCUUCUCACCUAUAGAAAUAUCCACGCACAAUGCAACGCCGACUCAACAUCAAGGGUUCCCCUAGUGGUGUCUGAGGUAAACGUCAUUUGAAAUCCUCUAGAAUACGGGUUCGCAUCUGAAUGAUAUAUUUGUUUUAUUGUUCAAGUUUAAUUAAUUUAGCUAUUUAUUUUGCGUUUGACUAAGAAAAAUACUACAUCUCAAAUCAGGGCUGAAUGUCAGCGAUUAAUCAUAAACAUUCGGAAAAACUUCAUCGAAACUGGCAUUCCUCCAGUUUCUCUAGUUAUAAUUUUGCUUCAAUCUGUGAUGAAAUCACUCUACUUAUUAUGCUGUAUAUAUUAAUUUAUUAGUUUCCGAAGCGCUGGAGUUUUCUCAGAGAUAUUUAUUAGAUUAUUUAGGAUUUUGUACGAAAAGAACAUUCCCUCCAAUUAUAUACUUAUUUACAUUACUUUAUAAUUUUGUUCACACUUCAUCUGGUUAAUUGAUAAGAUAUACUAUAGUUGGAAGAAUAAGCUGUUCACGAACAAACAAAUUAUAUAAAAACAAACAAACUGCUAUUAAAAUUGCAAUUAAAAUAUGUUGAAAACACAGCUAUUCAAUAGAAAACUAGUCAUUUGUACAAAGUAAGAAUAAAGAUGAGCAAAAAGAAUAAUUAAUUUAACAAGGAAUCAAACAAUUUGGUUAUGCGAUCAGAUCAAGUAGUAAUACUAAAUACUUAAUACAUUCACUGACUUGUGUUAUAUUUGCACCAUUAUAGUGUUUUUCAAAAAUCGGCUGGCGUCUUACAAUUGAUUAGAGUGCUAAUCUAUGCAAUAUGUGAUUUAUGAACUUAAGUUUUUUCUGCUGUUUUUGUUGCUUGUGAUAAGUGUAAAUGUCGCUUUUGUUCGUUCCUUUUUCUAAACUCUUAUUGCUUUUUUUCUGUUAACACACUUUAAUUAAGAAUGUGGUUUGUAAAAAAAAGUU